CGCGACUGCAAAAACGAAAGUUGGCGGCUCGGCGGAGAAACGAAACUUGUCCGGGCGGGACUCGGCGGGAAGAGCGGGCGCUGCAGGUGCCCGUGCCCGGUCACUCGGGAGAAGAGAGGUGCAGGUCCCUCCAGUCCCUGAUGCAGAGGAAGAGGUGAAGAAAGGAGGUGCUGCUGGGCCUCCUUCCACCAAAACCACCUGAAACAAAGAAGACAGAGGGCGAGGCACUGAUGGACAGAGCAAGAGCCCUGCCCAACACCACACAUGACACUGCCGAUGGAUCUCCCAGCUCUGCUGAGACGCAGAAGGAGGAAGAGGGAUCCUCGCUGCUGGAGGAUGUCACAGCUCCAGAGAACCAUGCGGAGCCCUCGGCUCAGCGCGGGGCUGGUGACUCUGCUGAGGUGGAUUCUCCACUGAGGAAGAAAAGGAAGAAGACUACAGAAAAGAAGUCCAUCUCUGGGGAAGAGGACUCUCUGCCUCCUCAAAGCACAGCACCAGUUCAAACCACAGAGUUGCCUGACACAGGUGUUACUCCUCAAGAAAUCCAAUCCCCUGGAGGUGAGGGAGCAAGCCCAGGUGCUGAUGGACAUGCUGAUGCCAGUGGAGACACACCUGGAGGUGACAGGGAUUUGGCACACCUGGGGAAGGAAGCUGACAGCCUGGAGGCUGAAGAGAGGCUGAGCCCUGCAGAGCAGAGCAGCACAGUCAGGGCGGCUGCCCCAGCUCCCAGCACUGCAGCCCCUGGGGAAAAGGCGGGGGAUGGAGCAACCCCAGAACACGGAGGAACAGCCAGAGGUGAUGUGGAACGGGACAGUGGUGCCCCUGGCCAGCUGCCAGCAGCCACAGCAGGUUCUCAGGCCCGGGGCAGCAGCAAGGAGCGGCUGUCAGCAGGGCAGGGAGCGAGUCCCUCUGCCGGGGGAGCAGUUCCUGGCAGUCCCAGGCUGCCUCCUGCCAAGGGAGCCCCCCAAAGCAAGCCUGAGACCAAAACCUCCCCUGGGGCUCUGAGCCUGCAGGCUGGGAAGGAGCCCAAGCAGAAAGGGACCAGUUCCACUGUCAAGAAUGCAAACACAAAAGAGAAAAAUCAGACCCCAGGUGAGAAAAUGCCCAGUGUGAGUGAGAAGACAAGUCCAAGCCAAGGAGCCAAGGCUGCCAAGAAGGAGGGUGCUGUGGCUGCAGCAGACAGCCCCAAGAACAAAAAGGAACAAAGGAACCAGAAACCAGUGGAAAAUAUUAAAGAAAGUUCUGUGAGCCGCAAUGAGCGUGUUACAGUGUAUUUCCAUGCAAUAUUAUCCAAAGACUUCAAGCUCGACCCCGAUACCCAUAAAGUGUUCAUCAGGGCUCAGGGCAUUCCUUCCUACGCCAACUGGAAGGACAACAUCUGUGAGCUGAACUGCACCCGGCAUCUGGGAGAACAUGGAUACCUCAUUGAAGGUGCUGUAACUCUCAGCAGAGAAAUCCUGGAUGAAUACAUUCCUUACAAGUACUGGGUGUUCUGUGGGAAGGGGGAGUACGAGUUCAUUUACAAGAAUUCAGAAUCCAAUCAACACGUGAAUCGCUGCUUAUUGAUAAACAGCACACUUCUCAACAAUGGAGAGUGGCACCAGUACGAUGACAUCGUGUGUGCAAAACCUUCCAAGUUCAAAAACUUUCGACAGAUCUUUACUUUUGAUAAAAACAAGGAAGUGGUGGAAGGGAAGAAAAUAGCUGCCAAUAUUAUGUUAGAAAGUAUCUUCAGCAUUCUUGGAACCUGGAGUCCUGACAAUCUGAGGAAUUUCUUCUGCCAGCUGAAGCAGUUCCAUUAUGUUGCAGUAGCCCAGCGGGUGUUUGAAGGCAAGGCAGUGCCAUGGAGAGAGUUAAACUUCGGCACAGAGCAGGUGAAUGAUUUGCUGCUAAAAUACAUGCAGAAAAUAGCUCUCCCUUUCCUUGCACCAGAAGCAGCUCCAGAAGACAGAAUCAUCCAAAGCAAACUGGCUGUGGGGCUCACCAUUCUUGUGGUAGUUGAGAACCAUUCACUUGUAGUACCUAAAAGUGACCUGGCUGAACUGUGCAGCCUCUUGUGCUUGGAUCAGGUGUCACCACAAGAUGUACAGGAUGAGAUUCAUCACAUCAAACAGGCUUUUGCAGGAGUUACCAACUUGAAGGUCGACCUGACAAACUUGUGCCAGAGGUGCAUUGAAUAUGACAUAGACCAGUGGGUGUGGGUCCUUCCCCUUCUGCAUUCCUUUGCUGCUCCCCUGCAGCAGCAGCAGCAGCACGGGCUGGUGGAGGAGGAUGCCUGGGCAGGGCUGGAAGGACUUCCAUUUGCUGAAAUCAGGAGGAAGCAAGAUGCAGGCACCCUGCUGGAACAAAUGAGAGAAAAGAAGCACUUGAUGGAAUUUGAUGGGACUCUGGUCAAGUCCUGGUUCUGUGUGCUGCCCCUGGAGAGCCUGGCUGAGUUCAUAAGAGACUUCUCCAGUGACCUGUUAGUUACCCUUGAAGGUGUUCUGUACAGGUUGGAGAAUGUUGACCUCUCGUGGAGAAGCUCUCAGGUAGAGAAGAUUCUAAACACAGUGCUGCAUGCCUUGGAUGAGCCCCCAGCCAGAGCUCUGGGGGCUCCUUCUUGGCGGUGCUGCUUGUCCUACUGCCUCAGGCUGCACGAGAGGCUCUGCAAGGCUACCAAGACAGUGGGGUCGUUCCUGAUCCCUGCCACUGCUGCCACCCUGAUUGCCAAGGUUGCCCAGCUUCAGCCCCCAGCAGUUCCAGGGGAUGCUGUGCAGGAAGUUCCAAAGCUGCUCAGUGGAGCUCUGAGGGAAGCUCGAACCUGGUUCAGAAACGUUUUAAAACAGAAAUUACUGAAGGAGUACCUGGACCACGUGGCCUUCUCUUUGUUCUUUGAACUUCGGGCUUGGAAUAAGUUUGUGACUAUCAGCUUUCCAGAUGAGCAGUUCACCCAGACGUGGAGGAACACUUUACUUGCAGAUCUGAAGAAAAGAAUCCAGCAGGAACCUCCAGUGAACCAAAUCUUGGUGUACUGCUGUCAGCACCACCACAUCACAGAGAUGGACUCCUCCAUCAGCUGGUGCUUCCAGAACUGUGCUGUAGAGGCUGUACCUGCAGCUUGCCAGAUGCAGAGCAAUCUCCUGGAGCAGAUCUCUGCCUACAACAUGGGCCAGUUCAGCCAGCUCGUGUCUGCUGUCAUAGUGAAGUCGUGGCCAGUCAGGGCUGGGCAGUCUGAGGACAAUUUUGAUACGAUUCUGCACCACCUGCUCACGUGGCCUGACAUCAAACAAAUCUUCAGCUUUAAUGGAACAAACAGAAACCUGCUGGACAAGCUCACAGAUGAAGCAAAGGAUGUCAUGGCCAUAGCAGCCUCUGUGCUUACGAGUGUCACCGACGACAUCCACAGCGGCUGCAUCCUCGUGAAACACCUGGAGGAGGUUUUCCAGCACAAGGAGCAGUUCCUCUGCAUUUGGGAGACAAAGCACCAGCAACGACCAAAGGAGGAAAAGGAACUGCUCCAGAGAAGCCUGAAAGAACUGCUGGCAUUGAGGCAUGAAGAAGUCACACAGCUCAGAAGAGAGGAAAAAGCAGUGGGAACCUUCCUGAGCAUGUGCAGGAAGGUGCAGAAGUCUGUGAGAGUGAAUGUAGGUGAAGUGGAAUUUCAACACUCAAAAGAUCUUCGCUCAAAAAGACUGAAUCAAGUGGUGGUGGUGGGAAGGAAGCCCCUGCAGACCUUCUACAGCCUGAGCCCAGAGCUGAAACAGUUUGUCCACAAAAUGCAUGCUUUUAAGGACAGCGUGAUACUCCAGCAGUUCUGGGAGGAAGCAGCACAGAAGGCAGGAGAGAAGUAUGGGUGUGACAGUCCAGAGGAGGAUGAGGAUGAGGAGGACGAGGAGGAGAUUGCUCCUGAGCUGGACCUUGAUGAUGUUUUGAACAGCAUGAUCCGCCCUUGCUUUGACAGCUAUGCAAUGCUGUAUGAUGAUCUCAGAUCAGGAAGUCUCACACUUUCUGCAGUGGAUAGAAUUUUCCAGGAGUUCACAAAUCAUCCUGAAGAUCUCAGGGCGGAGCUGAACACCAUCUGUGGGCUUUGGCCUGCAGAGGACAGAGGCUGGGUUGACCAGCGAGUCCAGCAGAUCCAGCAGUACCAUGAAAUGCAUUUAACCUUUGAUGCUGCCAAGAUCAUUGCCCAUGUCAAAGAGAGUUUAGGCAUUUCUGGUGACUUCAGUAUCCUGGAAAACUUGUUGCAUAUAACAGAAAAGCUUGAAUCCUACAAGACCCAGAAGCUGGAUUCCAUCAGCCCUGAGCUUGUGCAAGCCAAGAAGCUGCUGCAGGGGAUCACUGUGCCCCGCCGUGGCUGUCUGAGGGAGCUGGCCCAGCAGAAGGAGUUUGUCUGCUGGGUCAGAGAAGCACUGAAAGACAUAAAUGAGCUGAAGGUGUUUGUUGACCUGGCCUCCAUCUCGGCGGGGGAGAACGACAUGGACGUGGACCGUGUGGCCUGUUUCCAUGGCGCUGUGCACGGCUACUCCUCCCUGCUCUACGAGCUCCACCAGGACUCGGGCUUCGAGGACUUCAUGCGCUGCUUGCAGAAGCUGUGGCGAGCCCUGGACAGCGAUGACACCCUCCCUGAGAAACUGCGCGCCUCGGCUCAGCACCUGGAGUGGCUGAAGACAGUGAAGGAGAGCCAUGGCUCUGUGGAGCUGUCCUCACUGUCCCUGGCAGCUGCCAUCAACAGCAGAGGGGUCUAUGUGCUGAGGGCACCAGCUGAUGGCCAAAAGGUCUCCUUGGACAGUGUCCUGCGCUUCACCCUCCCAGGGAGCUCGAGGGACACCGAGGCCUCCUGGAAGUACUCACUGGCAGAGCUCCGUGAGCUGCAGAACAAACUGAUGCUCAUGUCAGCCAAGGGAGAGCAAGGCCUGGAGGUGGAGAGGUUCUCUGAGGUCUUUUCCAAUGUCCAGAGACUUGCCCAGGCCUUUAUAGACCUGUACUCAGCUGGGAACAUGCUUUUCCGCUCCUGGCUCGCCCAGGUGUAUUGUUCACCCCACAAAGAAUCCUGUGUUUUUAUAGACUUCUCCCUGGGCCCCAUCCCAGUGCUGGAAGGGCAAGGGGAUAUGGCAGCUGUGCUCCCAGCCCUCUGCAAGACCAUGGAGAGCUUUCUGGAGAGUUGGAAAAGCUUCAUGAAUGCCAAGCGAUGUGAGCAUUUCUACCUGAACUACUACAGUGCGGAGCAGCUGGUGUACCUGUGCUCAGAGCUGGGCCAGGGCAGCCCCAGCCAGGCUGCCCUCAUGAUGCUCUCCUUCCUCAACCCCCACUGCACUGAGCAGGACGUCCUCAAAGCCCUUGGGAGCCAGGGGCCUCACAGCUCAGGCCAGGCUGUUUCUGACUUCCAAGUGCUGCUGGAUGGGGAGAGGGACCUGAGCGCCCGGCUGGAGCGCAUCUGGGAGUGCUACAUGAACAACAUGGGCUCCUUCCUCCCCAACUGCCUGGACGUGGACACACUGAGCGUGUGGCUGAAGAACCUGGCCAGCAGUGGCAGGGAAUCUGUCACCAGAGACUUCCCUGAGGACCUGCUCUGUGUGGGCCAGCCCAACCUCAUCACCUGCCCUCGCUCUGAGGUGCUCAGCUCUGCCCUGGCCAUUUACAUGAACAGCCCCGAGCAGCCCCUUCCCACCUUCGAUGAGGUGCUGCUGUGCACGCCCCAGACCAGUGCAGAGCAGGUGGGGCUGUUCCUGCGCCGGUGCCUCAUUCCCUGCCAGGGAGGGAACAAGAUCUACACGAUGCUUUAUGCGGAUGAGCUGAGCUACGACGUCAGCUGCAGGGCAGAGGAGCUGUUCCAGCACCUGAAGUGCUACAACAGCUCCUACAGGCUCAUCAUCCUGUGCAGCUGCGAGCGGGACACCAGCUACCUGCUCUCUGCCUUCAGCCACUACAAGGUGCACAUGAUUCCCCAGAGGUCACGGGCAGAGAUCCAGCAGUACCUGCAGCACCACUUCCGAGUGGCUCAGCCCUCCGACUCGGCUGCGGCCGUGUUCAAGGAGCACAUGUGUGUUGGGAUGAUGUCAGUGGGCCAAAAGUAUCACUUCUUGGAUGUGUUUCCUAAAAUAACGUGCAAGUCUCCCAAAGAAGUGCUAGAAAUGGAGACACUUGGGAACGGUUCUGGGGAUGUGGGAAUGGACAAGGAGGAAUUCUGCAGUGAGGCUUUCCAGAGACCCUUCCAGUACCUGAAGAGGUUUGACCAGGGCUGUGACCUGGACACGUUCUGGUACGAGGCGCUCUCGGUGGAAGGCAGCCCUGCAGAAUGUCUGCAGCUCUUCCUCCUGCACUGCGGGGUCGUGGAUCCCUCCUGGGCAGAGCUCCGCAACUUCACCUGGUUCCUCAAUAUUCAGCUGAGAGACUGCGAAGCCUCUGUCUUCUGCAACCCUGACUUUGUCCGGGACACUUUGAAUGGUUUCAAGAACUUUGUGGUUGGCUUCAUGAUUUUAAUGGCGCGGGAUUUUGCGACGCCCUCCCUGAGCAUUUCCGACCAGAGUUCAGGAAGACGAUCCUCCCACCUGGAGAAUGUCGCUGAGGAAGAUCUGCUUCCUUUCCGCAUCAGGAAGAAGUGGGAGUCAGAGCCUCAUCCCUAUCUGUUUUUCAAUGGGGAUCGUAUGUCCAUGACAUUCAUUGGUUUCCACUUCCAGCAGACCGGGAAUCGCAUUGAUGCCAUCAAUCCUCUGAACGGGAAUGUCAUCAAGAAGGACAUCAUGACUGCCCAGCUCUUCCAGGGCUUGUUAGUGCAGAGGGUUCCCUUCAACGUGCCCUUUGAUCAGCUGCCCCGCGAGGAGAAGCUCGAGAGGCUCUGCAUGGUGCUGGGGCUCCCCUGGGUGUUUGACCCCGACGAGACGUACGAGCUCACCACAGACAACAUGCUGAAAAUCUUGGCCAUCGAGAUGCGAUUCCGCUGCAACAUCCCGGUGGUCAUCAUGGGAGAAACAGGCUGUGGGAAAACCAGGCUGGUGAAGUUCCUGUGCCAGUUACGCAGAAGCUUUGUAGAGGUGGAGAACAUGAAGCUUGUCAAGGUUCAUGGAGGUACCACUGCAGAGAUGGUCUACGCCAGGGUCAGAGAAGCAGAAGCCCUGGCUAAAUACAACAAGGAGCAGCAUGGGUUGGACACCGUCCUCUUUUUCGACGAAGCCAACACGACAGAGGCCGUGAGCAGCAUCAAGGAGGUUCUGUGUGACCGCACGGUGCAGGGGCAGCCUUUGGCCUCUGGCUCUGGCCUGCGGAUCAUCGCAGCCUGCAAUCCCUACCGGAAGCACACGGACAGGAUGAUCCAACGCCUGGAGCUGGCUGGGCUGGGCUACCGGGUGAAGGCCGACGACACCCGGGAGAAGCUGGGCUCCAUCCCGCUGAGGCAGCUCGUGUACCGCGUGCACGCGCUCCCGCCCAGCAUGAUCCCGCUGGUGUGGGACUUUGGGCAGCUCAACAACCACAUGGAGAAGAAGUACAUCCAGCAGAUCGUGCAGCGCGUGGCGGAGCAGCUGCCCAUGGCCAAGGACGAGGUGAGGGUGGUCACAGAGGUGCUCUUUGCCUCCCAGCAGUACAUGAGGCAGAGGGACGACGAGUGCAGCUUCGUCAGCCUGCGGGACGUGGAGCGCUGCAUGGAGGUGUUCAAGUGGUUUUGCAGGCACAGCCACCUGCUGCUGAGGGAGCUGGAGAAGUACUUGGCGGAGAGGAAAGCUCCCAAGGGCGGCAGUGACAGAAAUGGUGUCAUCUGGUCCUUGGUGCUGGCGGUCGGGGUCUGCUACCAUGCGUCCCUGGAAAGGAAGGAGCCGUACAGGACUGCCAUCAGCCAGGUCCUCCCAAAGCCUUACAAUACCCAGAAAAAGAUUUUGGAAGAAAUCACCCUGAUGCAGGACUUAUUCUUGAGUGGGGUGCCACUCCGGGAUACCAUAGCAAGGAACUUGGCCUUGAAGGAAAAUGUCUUCAUGAUGGUCAUCUGUAUUGAGCUGAAAAUCCCUCUUUUUCUUGUUGGGAAGCCUGGAAGCUCCAAAUCCCUGGCAAAAACCAUCGUGGCUGAUGCUAUGCAGGGCCAAGCAGCUCAUUCUGAUCUGUUCAAGGACCUGAAGCAGAUCCAUCUUGUGUCUUUUCAGUGCAGCCCUCUCUCCACUCCAGAGGGAAUCAUAGGCACUUUUAAGCACUGUGCUCGAUUCCAGGAAGGGAAGAACUUGGAGGAGUAUGUAUCAGUGGUGGUUUUGGAUGAGAUUGGGCUGGCAGAAGACUCUCCCAAAAUGCCAUUGAAGACUUUGCAUCCACUUUUGGAGGAUGGCUGCAUAGAUGAUGUCCCUCUUCCUCACAAAAAGGUUGGCUUCAUUGGGAUUUCCAACUGGGCUUUGGACCCUGCUAAGAUGAAUCGAGGCAUCUUUGUGUCUCGUGGAGACCCCAGCAGAGAGGAGCUCAUCGAGAGCGCGAAGGGCAUUUGCUGCUCGGCACGAGGGACUCUGCAGAAGGUCGAACAGUAUUUCCAUCACUUUGCAGAUGCAUAUGAAAACAUUUGCAAGGCCCAAGACAGGGAGUUCUUUGGCCUGCGUGACUACUACAGCCUCAUAAAGAUGUUUUUUGCCUUAGCUAAGAGCUCCAAAAGCGAGCCCACACCUCAGGACAUCGCUGCAGUGGUUCUUCGUAACUUCGGUGGCAAAGAUGAUGUCAAUGCCUUGGAAAUAUUCACUUCCAAGUUGUUACAAAAAGGGGAGAUACGUGCUCACGACAUCAGUAGGAUAGAGUUGAUCCGACAGAACAUUUACAGCGGUGCUGAGGAUGGGGACUGCAGGUACCUGCUUGUGUUGACUGAGAACUAUGCUGCGCUGCAGAUCCUCCAGCAGGCUUUUUUCACUGCCCGACAGCAGCCAGAAAUCAUCUUUGGCUCCAGUUUUCCUAAGGACCAAGAAUACACCCAGAUAUGCAGAAACAUAAACCGAGUGAAGGUCUGCAUGGAAACUGGCCAGAUGGUUGUGCUUCUCAACUUGCAGAACCUCUACGAGAGCCUCUAUGAUGCCCUCAACCAGUACUAUGUGUACCUAGCCGGGCAGAAGUAUGUGGAUCUGGGGCUGGGCACGCACCGGGUGAAGUGCCGGGUGCACCCCAAGUUUCGCCUGAUCGUCAUCGAGGAGAAGGGGGUGGUGUACAAGCACUUCCCCAUCCCGCUGAUCAACCGGCUGGAGAAGCACUACCUGGACAUCAGCACCGUGCUGGACAAGGGCCAGAGGGAGGCCGUGCAGGACCUGGAGCGGUGGGUGCAGGAGUUCACGGCCGUCAACACAGAGGAGCACUUCAUCAGCCAGCAGCGGUACCGCCCCGCAGACGUGUUCGUGGGCUACCACGCCGACACCUGCGCCUCGCUGGUGCUGCAGGGCACGCAGCGCCUGCGCCCGGCCUGCGCCCCCGCCGAGCUCCUGCCGCGUGUCGCCGAGCAGGCGCGGCUGGCCCUGCUCAACUGUGCCACCCCCGACGCCGUCAUCCGCCUCUGCAACUCCGUGGGGGUGUUCAUGGCGCACUCCCUGGCCCACACCUACUUCAGGCAGCAGCAGCACACCUCCUUCGCCGACUUCCUGGGCGCCCACGUGCGUGCAGAGGCCGGGCCCCAGACUGCCUUCACCGAGGUCACCACCUUCUCACGGCUGCUCACCAGCGCUGAUGCUGCCUGCCUGGAGAGGGAGGUGCAGGGCAAGGCCCAGAGGCCCCAGAUCCUGUUCCUGCAGCAGUUUGACACGGAGUACUCCUUUCUGAAGGGCAUCCGGGAUUUCCUGGAUUCCACUUCAGGAAAUAAAGUCCUCAUUAUUCAGACAGAUUUUGGAGAUGGCUCUCAGAAUGCCCAGCUCAUCGCCUCAGCCAAGUACACCAUUGUCAAUGAGAUCAACAAGGUGGACCUGGGGGAGGUCUCUGUCUUUGUUUACUUUAUCAUGAAGCUUUCCCGGCUGGAAGGAGGAACAUCCUACGUGGGAUUCCAUGGAGGGCUGUGGCAGUCGGUGCACAUCGACGACCUCCGCAGAUCCAAGGACAUGAUCUCUGACUUGACAGCCCUGCAGAACCUCACCAUCAGCCAGGUGUUCUCUCAGGAUCCAGGUGCAGCCAGAGCUGCAGUUCUGCCUACCAGUGGAGAAGCAGAGCAGGAGGAGAUGGAGGUUGGAACACCAGUGCCAGGAGCAGAGCACCAGGAGGGGGAGAUCCUGGACACCACGGUGCUGCUGAGGACCUGCGUGCAGAGUGCGGUGGGCAUGCUGCGGGACCAGAACGAGGACCUGAGCCGGAGCAGGAGGAGAAUUGAGAUUCUGCUUGGCCUCUUCUCCAAAGAGGAUGAGCUGAAAGCCUCCUUCCUGAAGAUAACCAAGGCUCGUCUCUCCAGCCUGUUGAAGAAGCAAGAAGAAAAUUCCCUUCACCCAAAAAACUGGGUGCUUCGGGAAGCUUCCAACCUCAGUGCUCUGCAGGAGGCAGGUACCUUCAGGCACACCCUGUGGAAGCGAGUGCAGAAGGUGGUCACUCCCUUCCUGGCUCUCCUGAUUGCUGUCAUAGACAGGAAUGGCAAUCUGGAGCUGCUGGCCAGGCCAGGACCAAAGUGGGUGACAAAGCUCUGGAUGUUCAUCUUCAGUGACUCCAAAUUUCUGAGUGUCCCUCCUGGUGUGGGGAAGAACAGCCCUCAGCCAGAGAUAAUCGUGGUGCAGAACAACAUGACAGUGUCUGCUGAUGCUGGGAAUGAGAUGCCCUUCAGCUGGAGGAUAAAGGAGUACCUGGAAGAGAUGUGGUUGGAGGCUCAAUACAUCCAAAACACUGAAGGCCAUGCUGAGAAGUUUGUGGAAUACUUCCAGAAAACUGCCCUGGGAAAAUUCAUCUCUGCUCUGACUGAGGGAGAAAGGCAGAUGCUCUUCGAGUGCUACAUCACAGACUUUAUUGUCUUGACCAUUGGUGUGUCCUCCCAGAAGGAGCUGCAGUGUAUGCGUGUGGCAUUCAUGUCCUGCGUUGAGGAGUGGAUGGCAGAGUCCCCCUGGAGGAAGGAGCUGGUGCCCUCCCUGCCCUGGGCCCACCUGGCACACAACCAGUGCAAGAGCCACCUGCAGAACUUCUCCAGGAUCCUGGCUGUGUACCCCUGUGUGACUGGCUACCUCCUGAACCAGCAAGGAUGCAGAAUUCCACGCUCUGAGAUGGUUCUGGACGUGCUGGCUGCCAUGGUGUGUGCUGAGGAGCUGGAGAAGCAGGUGCAGACAGCCUCCCCUGAGCUCUGGCUGCAGAGAGUGAAGAACCUCCAUACGCCCAUUGAAUUCCUGUGCAAAGAGGAGGGUGCCCAGCGCAGGGGCAGCCGCUGCCAUCAGCUGCUGAGGGAGCUCAGGGUCUGCUGGAGCCGUGUGUUUGCCAUGGCACUCUUUGUGGAACACGUCCUGUUGGGCAUCCACGCCGUCAUGCCGGAAUUUGAAGGUUUGGUGAGAAAAUACACUUUGCUUCUUGCCAAGUGUUUCCAGCACGAUUCAGACAUGAAGUCUCAUCCAACCUUUGUUGCAGUGCUGACAGUGCUGUGCCAGUGCAAGAACGAGGUCAGCAGCAGGCUCUACAGGCAUGGUCUGGAGCCGUGUCCCAUCUGCCUGGGAGAGCCAAAGGACCCCAUCUGCCUGCCCUGCAACCACGUGUUCUGCCACAAGUGCAUCAGCCUGUGGCUGGUGCCAGCACAGAUGUACUGUCCCUACUGCAGGGCUGCUGUGGAGGAAGUGGAGUUAACUGUCUCUGAGGAGCUCAGAGCUGCCAUAGCAAAGAACUCCCUGUUCCGCCAGAGGUGCAAUAAUUUCUUCAUUGACAUGGUCACCACCAUGUGCUUCAAGGACAACGAGCCCCCUGAGCCAGAGGUGAUCCAGAGGCUCUUGAACCUGCUCUUUGUUCACAGAAGCCUUGUGAAAGACCCAAGUCACCCUGCUGUCUACACAAAAUUCCUGUCCCCAUUUAAUGAUGAGGUGGAUGAAACUCCCAUCAUCCGCUCUGUGAUGCUGAAGCUGCUCCUGAAGUACAGCUUCAAUGAAGUCAAAGAUGAUGUGCAGCGUUACCUGUCCCAGGUGGAGCACAACGAGCUCCUAGAGAAAAAUGACAAAAAAGAGCUCUACUUGCUUUUUGUCAACUGCUUGGAGGAUUCCAUGUGUGAGAAGUCAGAGGACAGCCUGGGAUAUGGGCAUGGAAGCAGUGUGCCUGAGGACAGAGCCUUUCCAGAGAACUACCUGGCAGCCAGCAGCAGAGGGGCUCCCCAGGAAGCCUCGGUGGAAUACCUGCAGGCUGUGGCCGAGGUGCGCCUGUGCCUGAGCAGGGCUGCAGAGCUCAUCUUCCACCUGCAGCAGCACACACAGCCAGAGCAGAUGAAGGAUGAGCAGCAUUACCUGAAGAGUGUGGAGAAGUUCUGCAGGCUCGCCAGGAACGACUGGCACCAUGUGUACCUGGUCAGGAGGAUUGCCAGCCAGCACGGGAUGGAAUUUGCUCAGAAGCUGGUCACAGAGCCACGCUUCAGCUGGGUGUUCCCAGCAGAAAUUCUGCAACAGGUCCAGCACAGCCAGUCCAACCACAUCGACCAGUACCUGGUGUGUGGGGAGCGGUACCGGGCCCUGCGCGACGCCGUGGGACGAGCCAUGAUGGAGGGCACGGCCCAGGGGCUGCUCGAGACCCAGGAGGCCUCCAGCAGCCCCCCAGUUCUGGAAUCUGCCCACCUGCUCCUGGCCAUCUUCCGAGAGGUCACUGCCCUGUACGGGGAUCCAAGCCUUCAUCCCAAGCAGCAGCAAACAGAGGUGAUGACUGAGUUCAUCCAGAGCUGCCAAGUGCUGAAUUCCCCCGAGCUGCAGCACUUUGCAGUUGCCCUGGUGAAGAACACCCUGCCCGGGCUGGCCGUGGAGCCACGGGGCCGCAGCCAGCAGGGAGCCCUGGUGGAGAUGGCUGUGCACGUGGCUGCUGUGCUGCUCUGUGGGCACAGCCCUGUCCUGCAGCCCCUCAGGAACCUGGCCUUCCAGCCACACAGCAUGCAGCACUCCUUUCUGCCCACGAUGCCCGAGGACAUGAUGGCUCAGGCGAGGACCUGGCAGGAAAUGCGUGGUCUGCACUGGUAUGAAUGUCCCAAUGGCCACUUGUGCACUGUGGGAGAGUGUGGGCUCCCCAUGGAGACGAGCUGCUGUCCCGACUGCCACGUCCCCAUUGGAGGCACCAACCACAAACCCCUGCGGGGCUUCCAUCAGUCCAGGAUUCAUGAGGACAGAACUCAGACUGGCCACAUCCUUGGAGAUGUUAAGAACAGAAGAACACUGGGAACAUCUGACAGGGGUGUGUCCCCCAUGGUCUUUGUGCUGCUCCGUUUGCUCACCCACCUGUCCAUGCUGCUGGGAGCCUCGAGAGACCCUCAGUCCCUGGGAAUGAUGAUCAAGCCAACAGUGGAUGAUGUGGUGAGCUUCCUGCAGCAGCACGUUCAGGAGGACUUGGCACAGCUGACCAGGAUUUUGGGGAAGAGUGUGGAUGACACUAUCAACAUCCUGCACCUGGUGCUCAGCAGCCUCCUGCAGGCCCCCCAGCAGCAGCCAGGCCAGUGGCUGGUGCAGUUUGAUUAUGUUCUCUCCACCAAGGAGAAGAGAAACAAAUGGGAAGAAAUUGUUGCAGACAAAAUUAUUGUUCCUGAAUUGAAGGAUUUGGAUAAAAAGCUACUCAAGUUAAACCAACUGAUACAAGAGGAUGACAGAAUCUCUUCCAACCCCAUAGUGAAGAUAGUGUAUGGGGACCCAGCUGCAUUCCUGUCCCAGCUGCCAGGGGACAGCCAUGUCCACCACUCCAAGAUGUGGAGCUGCCGCAGGAGGGUUUCCGUGGAGAACCUGGGCCACGUUGUGCAGCAGAAGAAUGCCAAGGACACUGUCCCUCUCCUCUGGAAGUUCCUGCAGAAGGAAAGUGAGCUGAGGCUGGUGAAAUUCCUCCCAGAGAUUCUGGCUCUGCAGAAAGAUUUGGUGAGGCAAUUCCAGAACACAGCAGAGAUUAAACACUGCUCCAUCAGGGAAUUCCUCAGGGAACCCCACUCAGAUGUGAUGAGGGCCCUGUUGGACAGGAGAGUGAAUGUGUUUCUGUCUGUCUGGAACAAGCUGAGAAGCUCCCUGGACACCAAUGGGGAAAUCAAGCUGCCUAAAGGCUACUGUGAUGCCGAGCUGAGCCUGGACAGCAGGCUGGAGGUGCUGCUGCCGCGGCGCCGGGGGCUGGGGCUGUGCUCCACGGCGCUGGCCAGUUACCUCAUCGGGCUGCACAACGACCUGGUGCACUCUGUCAACAGGCACACCAAGGAGGAUGACAGGUACCUGGUCAGCCCCUCGGAAGUGGCCGACCUGCACCUGAUCAGUUACGAGGUGGAGAGGGACCUGAUCCCUCUGAUCCUGUCCAACUGCCAGUACAGCAUGGAGAAGGGAGGGGAGACCUUGCAGGACUUUGAUCUGGAGAGGAUCCAGCAGCAAGUGAUCAGCAAGUUCCUGCAGGGGAAGCCACUCAUCACGCUGACGGGAAUUCCCACCCUGGUGCACAGACAUGACCGGAACUACGAGCAGCUGUUCAGUGAUGUCAGGAACAAGCUGGAGCAGAGUGCUCUGCCCAAUUCUGUGAUGAACACGAUCAGUGGGGAGCUGCAGUCCUAUAGUGAUGUGUGUGAUGCCCUGUCCCUCACUGAGAUCACCCUGGGCUUCCUGGCCAUGGCUGGUGAGAAUGCUGACAUGCUGCUGACUGAGUAUAUUGAGCAAGUUCUGCAGAUGGGGGAUCAGACAAACCCUCACGUGCUGCAGGCGCUCAGACGGUGCCAGCUCAGGCACAGCAUGGGCCUGUGGCAGCUCCUGUGUGCCCACAAAUCUGAGCAGCUGCUGCGCCUCGGCAGGGAUCCUUUUGCAGAUGUCAGUCCAGACUACAAAGAAGAGCUCACCCCAGAGCUUGCCAAGCUCCUGCACACCUUCCUGGUCCACUCCAGGCUGGAAACCUUCCUGCAGGAGCUCCAUGAAAUGAUCAUCCUGAAGCUGAGAUGUGUCCAAGCUGUGACUGAAUUCAAACCCACGUGGAGCCUGAAGGAAUCACUCUUGCCUUACCUUUGUGCCAAAGACUCUGAAUUAGCUCUGGAGCUGGAAGACACAUUCCCAGAUGAAAUUCUUCUGUCUCAUGCCGCUGGUACCUGGAAAGCAGCUGCUGUCUUCAAGAGGGAGCACAGGGACAGUUAGGACAGAGCCCUGCCAGGGCCUGCCACAACACUCGUGUCAGGCUUCUGGAACUCUGGGCAUUUGUUUGGGGCUUGUUGCUUGUUCUUUGGGUUUGGGGUUGUUGUUUUUACACCUGAUGUGAAGAGGAGAGUGGCCGUGGAGGAGAAGGAGAGUGAAAUAGACCCAGCAGCUCGGUGUGAACCCUGGAUCGACACAGCUCCAGAGCCACUGGAGGAACAUGAAGGAAUUUUUUUACAAAUCACGGUGCCCUCGUGCUCGGCCAGGGUUGAUGCUUUCCCUUCUGCACUGGCUGCAGAACCGGCUCCUGCCCAGCGCCCCCGCUGCGGCGGGACCCGCACAGGGAGCCCUGAGGCCGCGGCUCCUCCGCUGCCUUCAGCCCGGGCCGACUUCUCCCUUUCCCCUUCAAUAAACUCGUUCAGC